UAUUCGCUUCGUACACAGAGGACAGUCAUGUUCUGGUAUUGCGCAAUCGUGUCUCUACUGUAAAUAAAGAAAAGAAUGACAGCGUCCCCUUUAUUGCUUGCCGCAACAACUGCUCUCUUAUUUUUCACAACCUUCCAUGUUAAACAGCAAGAAAAAGACGGAGAACGACCCAAACCUGUGGAACAUGCGGUUUGCACAAAAGAAUCCUGUCUUAAAGCAGCCGGUGCUAUUUUGGACAAGCUGGACCAGACAGUGCAUCCCUGCAAAGACUUUUACCAGUUCGCAUGUGGCAACUACAUCCGACGGACGAUACUGCCGGAAAACGUGGAUGUUAUGUCCGUUAUACAGAACAUGGAGGAUGAAGUACUUAUGAUCAUAUUCCGAGCCUUGGAGUCUCCAACUUUGUAUCGCACUGGAGGUUCGCUCAUCAAAGCCAAGAUGCUCUACGAAACUUGUAUGAACAGUGAUACCCUGGAGGAUGAUUCUGUCCAGGUGCUUCGUCUCUUUCUGUCCGAGCGGGGAGUAGGGCACUGGCCAGUAUUGGAUGCCGACUGGUCUUCCGGCGACAUGAAUCUGGAGUGGCGCUUGGCCAUGCUUUUCGUCCAUCACACGCCUGUCUUCUUCCACAUGUACGCCGACGCCCCUUCUUUCACCUCAGAAUACAUUCUCAAUAUCUAUCCCGCGUCUUCCCCCUUGGGAGCCAAGGAGGUGGCUGGUGCUGACAGGGAGCGUAUUUUCGAAGCCUAUCACAAGCUGCUCAUUGAAACGCUUCGGUUGCUGGGGGUGCCGGAAGUGCGAGUGCAGGCGGAUUCCUUCGACAUCAUUGGUUUCGAGUUGCAGUUUUCCAUGAUUACGAACGUUUCGCAGCAGUGUUUGGUUAAAUCAAAUAAAGAAAGUAACGACACUACACAAGAUGAUAGCAGACUCUACAAUAUAACGGUAGACGACUUAGAAUAUCAUAUACCUCAAAUCAAAUGGAGCCGUCUGAUGUCAUACGUGUUUCGGAAUCUGGGUCUUCCUCUGGACUCAUCCAGUCUCUAUGUCUUGGUGCACUGCAAAGACUAUUUCAGGCAGCUAGGCACGCUACUGUCAAACACGCCACCUAGAACACUGGCGAACUACAUGUCGUGGAAGUUCGUGUUGAGUUACAUGUCCUUUAUGAGUAUGCCCUUCCGCCAGAUAUUCCAGGACUACACACUGCUGACGCCAGAGCUAAAGCACUCGAAACUCAAGACUUACACCUCCAGGUGGAAGGGGUGCGUCAGCCUGGUUGGCUCAUGGUUCGGAAACGCCAUCGCAGCCUACUACGCCAAAAAUGGGUACCCAUAUGAAGUAGAGCAAAAGGCCAAGCAGUUGGUAUCCUCUCUGAAAGCCACCUUCAUCGACAUCAUUAGUAACACCGCUUGGUUGGAUGAAGAAUCACAAAAUGCCACCAUUGAGAAAGUCUUGAACAUGAAAACUGAAGUAGGCUACCCUCGUCACAUGCUGAGUGCGGAUUAUGUGGAAACUUUUUAUGCUAAACUAGAGUUAUCGACUGAUAGUUUGCUCAAGAAUAUGCUGAAGAUGAGUCGAUUCCUUGUGUACAACGAACUGCAAAAACUCAACAGACCAGUAGAAGACAACAGACUGCUGGUGGAUAACAUCUACAAGGGCCCUUUACAAGGCAAUGCACAUUAUUUUGCAACCAAAAAUGCAUUAGUUGUUCCGAUGGGUAUACUUCGACCACCCAUCUUUGAUUUAGAAAAUCCAGAAUAUCUAAAUUAUGGGAGACUGGGUACUGAGAUUGCUCAUGAAAUGGCUCACGGUUUUGAAAAUAUAGGCCUUCAGUAUGACCAGGAAGGCCGCGAAAGUUUGUGGUGGAGCGAAGAAAUGAAAAACAAGUUCUGGAUGAAGGCGAAAUGCUUUGUGGAGCAGUACAACAGAUACGUCAUCGAUGCUGUGGAGGAGAAAAACGUGGAUGGACAAAGAACAUUGCAUGAAAACAUCGCUGACAGCGCAGGACUGAAAAAGGCAUUCAUGUCAUACCAAAGAUACGUGAAAGAGCAUGGAAAAGAACCCAAGUUGCCAGGGAUGGAGUUCACUAAUCAACAACUAUUUUUCAUCAGUUUUGCUCAGAUGAAGUGCGAAGUUCGAAAUAAAGAGGGAUAUGAAGAGUAUAUCGGCGAUUCCACGUCGUCUUUGUUGCAGACGCCAUUCCGUUACAGAGUGAACGGGGCACUCGCUAAUUCCGAAUUCUUUGCUGCUGUGUUCAAGUGUCCUUCCGGCAGUCCUAUGAGUCAUACGAAGCGGUGUUCCAUCUGGUGAAUGGUUUUCAUUUUCUGACAGAAAACAGAUUUG